CCUCAAUCUCAUGGCGCAUGCUGUUGAAGAGAGCCACGCCAUACUGGUCUUCAUAGAACUGGAGGAACUCCGUCAGGAUCUUCCCGGUUUUUUCUGCGAUGUGCUGGCGCCGGGCGUCGUCCAGGUGCGUGGACAGCACGUCCCCCAUGGCCAGGAGGAGUCGCGGCCCGAUCCGGCCGACGCCGCCGCUGUUGCCCGCGCUGCUCAGGCGGACGCCGCUGGCGCCAUGGAGCCCGGCCCGCCCUGCUUCCCCCGCUCCCGCCGCUCCCGCCGCUCCCGCCGCUCCCGCCGCUCCCGCCGCCCGGCUGCGGCUUCCGCUCCGGCUCCUCUCCCGGUCGGGCCCCGUCCCUCCCGCCGGCCGCCUUGGCCCCCUCCCUGCCCUCGGCCCUGCACCCCGGCGCCCCGCCCCGCCCCACCAGACCACGCCCCCGCAGGCCAACCCCGCCCCCUCCCCGCCCGCUGCCCUGCGCCCGCCGCGUCCCACCCCGCCCCGCCCUCGGUCCUGCACCCUCUGCGCCCCACCCAGCCCCUCCAGGGUCCGCCCCGUAUGCCCCGCCCCCUCCGCUGCCUCGGGCGGGCGGGGCACAGGGGCCGUGGACGCCGGGACCGCCCUGGAGAAGGAGACAAAGAGAAGGUCCCAGAAAGGGAGACCGCGGAGAGACUGCGAAGAGCGCACCCGCCCUGUACCUAAGCAGAGAAAGAGACGGGGCUGGUGGGGGCAUCUGAAAAACUGGGGGUGCUCUGGGGGACUCCAGCCUGAGUGUCACCCCCCUCCCCUCCCCAACCCUGCCCGCGCGGGAAAAGAAUCGCGCCGAGGAGGAUGUGGGGCACUGGCAGGGGACGCCUGGACCUACGGGCCGGAAUUCGGCGUUCGCCCCCUCCUCUUCCCUGAACAGUGCCCCCUGCCCCCCCAGUCCCGCCCGCCACUGCCCGCGCUCAGGAAGUUCCCUGGCCUUGAUUCGACCUGCCCCAGAAGGUGUGCCCGCCGGUCUUGCACAAUAGCUAUAGGAAGGGGGUGGGGAAGGCUAGGGCCCGAAAGCACCCCCGCCCCAGUGCCAGGCGGGCUUGCCUUAGGCCCAGCAUAUGGGUAUUUCACUCGGGAGGCGGCUUGGGGGACAGAGCAAAUCAGAAAAGGAAAAAGCAGUAGCACUUUACAGUUUGCAAAAGACUACCACCAGAAUCAAAACCCGGAGACCGACAUGCACCAGCCUAUGGGGCUGGGCAUGGGUGGGUCGCAGUGCCAGGGGAAUGUGUUUCAGUUUCAGGACUUCCCAAGCUGGCAGGGGAGACAGUCAGGUAACCAGUGGGAUUCCCCAGAUCUCAAUCCUUCUUUGGCUGCUGGUGCUCAGAUCUCCUGAUCGGCACUGGGACAAGGCCAUCCACUUUCUGCUUGUUGACCCCUGGUAACUAAGCACUCACCACUUCUCUCAUGCAUUUCACGUUGUUAUUGGGCAGCUCUUAGUGUAACUGUGGCAUAAGGCAGGAAGUGAUGAUGAUAACAGUUAAAUUUGCUGAGCACCUGUACUUCAGGCCUGUGCACACCACAGGAGGUAGGUUUGAAAUGGAUUAAAGUGAUGCAGGCAUUCAUUCAUGCAUUCAGUCACUUACCAGUCAUUCAGCAAUGGGUGGUCAACACCCGUGUGCCAGGCCCUCUGCUAGAUGCUGGGGGUGAAACGAGAAGGAAGCCCAAGCUGCCCUCCCCUCUGUGACCCUGGACAAGUGGCAUUACCCCUUUGAACUUCAGCUACCUCAUCUGUCAAAAGAGAAUGAUGCCUUUUGCGGGAAGGUUAAAUGAUAUCACAAAAUGCCCAGCAUAGUGCCUGGCACCAGGGUCCAUCAUCUCUCAAUAAACAGAACGUGUCAUUCUAUUAUUCAUAGUCCCUGCCCUCAAGAGCUUAGGGAAGCUUGAGGAAGGAGCAGAACAUUCUGUUUUAAGGAAAAUCACAGAGGGGGUAGGACCAGAACUGGAAGUUGAAAAACAAGACUUUUGACAGCAGAUACUGAGAAACAGCAUUCCAGGGAGUGGGGACAGCAUGGGCAGGGGCCCAGCCUUUGAGGGCCGGGAUGCAUUCAUGCAUCAAAGAGUCAUCAUCAGGUGGAGUUGAAGUCAUGCUGGUUGGGGAUCACUAGUUUCCUUUUAUAGAGGUGGAAACUGAGGCCCAGAGAGGGAAAGUGACUUGCCAAGGGCACACAGUGAGGCAGAGGGAGAACCUGGCCAAAGGCCAAGUCUCCUGGCACCCAGUGUCUGAUUCUCUCUGAGCAACCAGAAGCAAGUGAUGCUGAUAACCUCUUUUCAUUUUUCUCAUAGCCCAAACUGCAGGGUCUGCUCUGCCCAGGGAGGAGCUAGCUGGAGCUAGCUGGCAUCUGGACACCAGAGGCAUCUUCUUGGCUGGGCUGGAGGCCUAGGCCAGGGGGGUUAGAGAUGGGGCCACAGUGGCCUUUCCCCAGCCUUCGUGGCACACCCAGGCCUGGAACACCUACAGCCUGCCUACCAUGUGAGGCCCCUGGCCCAGGGAUGGGUUCCACCCUGGCCCAGGGUGGGACCCCAGAUGGGGAGGCAACUUGAGCAUCCAAAAGGUCUCCUCUUGCUUUGGAGACCUUCUGUCACAUGUCACCUAAUCCCUCUGAGCAUCCAUGGCCUCAUAUGUGAGAGGCACAUGAGAUGAAAGUGGAAAGGCGGCCGGGCGCAGUGGCUCACGCUUGUAAUCCCAGCAUUUUGGGAGGCCGAGGCAGGCAGAUCACGAGAUCAGGAGUUUGAGACCAGCCUGGCCAACAUGGUGAAACCCCAUCUCUAUUAAAAAUGCAAAAAUUAGCUGGGCAUGGUGGCACGCACCUGUAGUCCCAGCUGCUCAGAAGGCUGAGGCAGAAGAAUCGCUUGAACCCGGGAGGCAGAGGUUGCAGUGAGCCAAGAUCGUGCCACUGCACUCCAGCCUGGUGACAGAGCGAGACUCCAUAUAAAAACAAAAACAAAAACAAAAAAAAACAGAAAGUGGAAAGGCAUUGUAAACAGUAGGGUGCUAUGCACACAUGUGAAUAGCUCUCCGCAAAUCUGGGGCCAGUCCCUGACAAUUCAAGAUUCAUUCAUUUCACACCAAAAAAAAACUGCCUUGUCUAGGGGUGGGAUGAAGGAGAAUUGAGGGCAAAAAAAAAUCUGGAGGGAACUUUAGGGGGAUAAAAAUGGUCCUAUGUCUUGACUGAGGUGUUGGUAAGAGAACAUAUUUAUCUAAAUUUAUCAAACUGCACAGAUGCAUCAAACGGAUGCAUUUUAUUAUAUCAAAAUUAUACUUCAACAAAGUUUAUUUUAUUUUUAUUUUUGAGACAAGGUCUCUCUCUGUCGCCCAGGCUGGAGUGCAGUGGUGCAAACAUGGACUCAGUGCAGCCUUGGCCUCCUGGGCUCAAGGCAUCCUCCAAUCUCACCCUUGGGCUACCACACCCCGCUAAUUAAAAAAUGUUUUUCAUAGAGAUGGGAUCUCACCAUGCUGCCCAGGCUGGUCUCCAACUCCUGGGCUCAAGGGAUCCUCCCGCCUAAGCCUCCCAGAGUGCUGGGAUUACAUGUGUGAGCCGCCAUUUAUUUUAAAGUGAAAAAAUAAACAUGCAAGCACCUACUAUGUGUUGGAUGCUAUUCUAGGUAUUGGGGAUAAAUCAGUAUGCAAGAGAGUCACGGUCCUCGUCUUCAUAGAGGUUAUAGUCUUAUGAAAAAAUACAACAAAUAAAUAAAAUGACUUCAGAGAGUAAUAAACAUUAAGAUGGGAUAGAGUGACAAGUGGGGUUGGGGUGGGAUGCCAUCUAGGAAAGUGGUCUAGGAAGGAGGAGGAGAUGAUGCCUUGGGACCUGAUUGGCAAGAAGGAGCCUGCUUGAAGAAGGUUCAGGAACAGCUGCCAUUUAUGGAGAUGGACCAGAGACCAGGUGUCACACCAAGGACUUUUCUGCCUCCUACUGUCCUCACAGCUUCUGGGGUAGUAAUGAUAAAGCCCAUUUUAGAGUUGAAUAAAUUGUUGCGAGGAUUUUUUUUUUUUUUAAUGAUAUUCAGGCUGAGCACGGUGGCUCACACUCGUAAUGCCAGCACUUUGGGAAGCUGAGGCAAGAGGAUUGCUUGAGGCCAGGAGUUUGAGACCAGCAUGGGCAACAGAAUGAGACCCCGUCGUUAAAUAAUUUUUUAAAAAAAUUAGCUGGGCCUGGUGGUGCAUGCUUAUAGUAGUCCCAGCUACUAGGAGGCCAAAGCAGGAAGACCUUGAGCCCAGGAGUUUGAGGCUGCAGUGUGCUGUGAUCUCGCCGCUACACUCCAGCUUGGGUGACAGAGUGAGACCUUCCCUCUUUAUAGAUAUAUGUAUGUACGUAUGUAUAUAUAUUCCAUCAUAUGUAUACAGCAAUCCUUGUUCAAACACUGGAACAGGUAGGCACAGAGAAGGCGUGACAGGUAAAGGCGUGAGUGUGAGCAAAAGGAAGCAAGGUGAGUCCUUGUGGGGCCCAAGCCAGAUGGCUGAUCUAGGACUUCCUGCAGGGAAGGAGGGGUGGGCCCUGGCAUGGACUGGUGGGACCCCAGAUGGGGAGGCAACCUGAGCAUCCAGAACAGAAUUUGUUGGGUUUUUUUUUUUCACUCUGGAAAGAUUGUAAAGCUCUUUAAACUUUCUCAACUCUCUCUACUAUAUGUUAAGAAAUCAAUUAUUGUAAUAAAAAAAAGUUACAGUCUUUGGGUGGGGAAGGAAUGAAGUUAUUUGCCCUUUUUUUUUUUUUUCAAGGAAAGAAAAAUAAACAUAGUCAUCAGCACUACGAAGGAUUCCAGGAAGUUUGACAUCAGAGAAUUUCUCAACUCUCAAAUGCUGGAAACCCCUGCCCUCA